AUGACCAGAAAGCGACGCUUCCCGGGGGACAUGAUCGGAACGCCGGCGGUCCAAACCGCUCCAAGUCGAUACGAAGCCUAUCGGCCGCCCUACCACGUUUCGUUCAACCGAAUCUGCCCACCGCCACAUCGCCGUAUCGUUCCUCCAUCACAUCACCCGGCAUCCCAUACCGUUGCCCUCAAUCGUCCCCCGCCACCGGAAGUGCCAAAGGUCCCUGCGCAUCGUGCAGCGAACGAAGGGCCAGCUACUAAAGCUGAUGCAGAAAGAGCGGCCAGCAGCUCUUCUCCUCCCGCAUAUCUCCAAUAUAAAACUAUUUCCGUGCCUCCACCGUCGCUGCAUAAAUGUGCGCAAUGUAGCCAGGAAGUCGUCGCGCAACCGGAUCAGGUGUCUCAUGCAUUGGUCAACCAUUCUCGACAGCAUAUGCGCCAACAACCAUUCGCCUGUUCGGCCUGUGGUGUGUUGGCAAAGACGAGCACGAUCAUGCGCGCCCACAACAUCCAGGCCCACAAUGGCAAUGCACAAGUGCAACAUCUCUCUGCCAGCCACUAUUCGGAGACCUUGAAGGAAAUGUGCAUCAAGAAUUUCCCGCUGGACGCCGAUGCAAUUAUCAAGGAUUUCUUCGCAGAGCCAACAGUCACCCGUUCUGCGGCUGAAGUGAAGCAAAUACAAAAUGGGGAACAAACACGCCCGAAAUCGUUGAUCGACCUGACGCGGACAAUCAAAUGCGAGAUUUGUUCUCGGCCCUUCGUCCGAGCUCUAAAACUUACCGAGACGCUGCAGAAGCUUAUCAACCAUGCAAACUUGCACCUCAAAUCAAAACCGUAUGGGUGUUCGGACUGUUCAUUUACGGCCAAGACGAUGAAGUGCGUCAGACAACAUCAACAAAUUUGCCAUGAGAACCAUGGUAUCGUCGUCAAGCAUAGUUCGCCGGAGUUUAUCUACGAGUUGAAGACGGUCACCAAGAACUGCUUCCCGGAUCAGGCGGAGGAUUGUGAAAUUGUGAUCGAUCGACAGGCGGCACAGGCCGAAAGUCUCGACGAACCGACUGAGAUUGGCACCCCAUUUGGGGAGAAUACGUGCAGGAAAUGCCUACGAACUUUGGCGACUCCGAUAACGGCCCGUCGAGUGUCCAACAUUCUCGACCACGUCGCCACCCAUAUCAACUAUAAGCCAUAUCGUUGCUCUAAAUGUACGUGCUGCUGCCGCGAUAAAGCGUGGAUGAAAAGGCAUUUGCGACGUGAGCAUCAAGGGGAGGGCUUCCUCAUCCACGCCUUCACGGAUGAAUACUGCGUUAAAUGGAGGAAUAUGACGCUGGCAAACUUCAUCAUCGACGCGGCAUUGGUGGACAAGGCGAUCAACCGCCUCCGCUCAAAACCCGGCACUUCGUCAGUAGCUGAUGAAGAACUGGGAACGGCAUUGCAAUGCAAGCGCUGCAAUCAACUGAUCUAUGCCGGGAAAUCGCCCAUCACGACGUCAGCUCGUAUCAUCAAACACACAAUGUCUCAUAUGGAAUUCAAGCCGUACCGUUGUUCCUCUUGCAAUUUCGAAACGCACGAUCGGUUCGAGCUGAAGCGUCGCCGCGUCGAUGAACAUUGCUGUGGUGCGUCUAUGGUUGAUGAAAGCACAUCCAACUUCUAUGAUGAGAAGUUGGUGAACAUCUACGGACAGAAGCUAAAGCCCGGCCGAAAAGUUCGCCAAGUCAUCGACUUGGAAGCGGAGGAGGGCAAUGGAGAAGAUGAAUCCUGUGAGAUCGUAGAUGGCAAUUACUUCACGGAGAUUUCGGCGGCAAUGAUCAAGACAAUUAGCGAAAGCGUGGGGCAGGCGAUGGAAAAUGGUUUUACUAUACCCGAAAGCCCCGAUGUGAAGCCGGAAAAGAGCGCAUUGGAGGAAGAAAUGGCAGACGAUGACGAGGACCCGGAACUCCUGGAGCAGCAGACGGAUGAGGAGAUGGAUGAGCCUGACGACGUGGAAAAUGAAGAUGACGUCAAGCCAGAUAUUGCGCAACUUUUGGCGCAGGCGUCGUCAAGCAACUCCAGCCCCCAGCCGCAAGCACAUGUCAAGCAGGAACCGUUGGACGUCUCCCCCAUCGACGAUUCUGUGUAUUUCGACCCGCAAUCGGAAGAAAGCCUGAUCGAUGGCAUUAUGGACCACCGUCUGAUCGAAGAAUUGGAGCAGGUCAAGGCCGAAUUGGAAGAAAAAGCGACGGCCAAUAAGAAAUUGAUGGAAAAGCUGAACGAGGCUGAGAAACAGAAUGAGGCGUUUCGAAGGGAACUCGUGUCGAAGGCAGCCAUCAUUAACGGGUUGAAUGAGAAACGGGAGAUGUUGCGGAAGGAGCUGGAGACAAAGACGGCCGACAACGUCGCAAUGAAUGAAAAACAACAAAAGCUUUACGCUCAUAUUGGCGAGAUGAGCACGGAGAACAAGAUCUUGAAGGAUGACAUCGAGGAGCUGAAGAAACAAUUGCUUGCCGCCAAGAAA